UAUUCUACAUACUUUUCUCAUACAUUAGAAGUUUUUUGCACAUUUAAGUGAUAAGUUACAUAUAAUCUUGUUUAAAAUUUUGACUGUGUUGAUCGUUUUUCCACUGUAUUAGCUUUGUUUAGUUUUGGUAGAUAGAUUAUUGGUGGUGAUAGUAAAAGUGUGACUAUACUAAGAUAUGCGUCGCUGUUUUUCUAAAAUUAGUUGAUAUUUUCGAUCCAUAGUGUUUUUGACUGUAAAAUAUAUCCAAUGUUCAAUAAUCCGGUACGUCCUCAAAAUCACUCCAUUAAAGUUGCCACGAAUGGACCAAUAGAAUAUUUUCGAAGCAAUGGUAAGACCAUAGCAAGACCAGUUUCAUGGUCUUUUAACGGAAUUGUGGAAUUAUCUGCUUUACGAACAGCUGCAAAUAGGACACGUCGGAUAUCAAGAAAGGUCGAUCCAGAAUUGAUAUUCACAAAACAAGAGAGAAUCGGAAAAGGUUCUUUUGGAGAAGUUUUCAAAGGUAUUGACAAUCGAACUACGCAAGUUGUUGCUAUCAAAAUCAUCGACUUGGAAGAAGCUGAAGAUGAAAUCGAAGACAUACAGCAAGAGAUUAUGGUACUGUCGCAGUGCGAUAGUCCAUUCGUUACAAAAUAUUAUGGAUCUUACCUGAAGGGUACAAAACUUUGGAUUAUAAUGGAAUACUUGGGCGGUGGUUCGGCAUUAGAUCUGAUGAAAGCAGGAAAUUUUGAAGAGAUGCACAUAGCCAUUAUUUUAAGAGAAGUUUUAAAAGGGCUGGACUAUUUACACAGCGAAAGGAAACUACAUAGAGACAUUAAAGCUGCCAAUGUACUAUUGAGCGAGAUGGGAGAUGUCAAACUUGCCGAUUUUGGUGUGGCUGGUCAACUAACUAACACAACAAGUAAACGGAACACUUUCGUCGGUACUCCCUUUUGGAUGGCUCCAGAGGUGAUUAAACAGUCUGCAUAUGAUUCCAAAGCCGAUAUAUGGAGUUUGGGUAUCACAGCCAUAGAACUUGCAAAAGGUGAACCGCCCAAUUCCGAAUUGCAUCCAAUGAGGGUUCUCUUCCUUAUCCCGAAAAAUAAUCCACCUCAAUUGACCGGCAGUUACAGUAAACAGUUCAAGGAUUUCGUGGAAGCGUGCUUAAAUAAGGAUCCUGAAAAUAGACCAACUGCAAAAGAAUUACUAAAAUACCCAUUUAUCAGGAAAGCUAAGAAAAAUUCUUACUUAAUAGAUCUAAUUGACAGAUAUAAGAAGUGGAGGUGUACAAGAAAUGAAGAAUCUGAGACUGAAUCCGAGAAUUCUGAUUCAGAGGAGCCAAAACAAGAUGGCGAUCUAGACGAUCCGUGGAUAAUGACAGUAAAAGGAAACAUGAAAUUGCCUUUGGAUGAAAUACCGUCUCCAAACCACAAAUCUGGUAACAAAGUUCAAAACGGUUCAGGACCCAUGUUAAGCAAAUCUCCACCGACUGACUCUAAUCUCAAUCAUUAUAAACCAGAAAAAGCCAACCUGUCCUUAAAAUCGCCUGUAGUACAAUCCUCGUUAGACAAUAGAAAAGACAAGGACAGAGAUAGAGAAAAGGAGAGCGAAAGAGAAAAAGAACGUGAAAGGACUGACAUCAAAGAGAAGGAGAAGAGAAUAUCUCGGGAAUUGAGUCCAUUAGAUCAUCGAGGAGACAGUAUAUCUGCAGAAAAGAAGGUUAACAGAAAACCCGGCUCGAGAGAACAUUCAAAUUAUAGCGGAAAGAUCGAGAGUAGGGCGCCAGUAUUGGGCGCAUUCAUUUAUCCAAUUAUAUCAGAAUUGCAGAGGAAGCAUCAAUACAAUAGACGAUCAGCAGAGGCGUCUCACAAAUCUAGUGAUGCAAUAGAAGAACUAGAAAAUGCCUUUGAAAUAGCUGAAAAAACAAGUCCUGGUAUAAGUGAAGUAUUCAUCUGUGAAUUGGUGCAAAAGUUGGUGCCAUCAAUUUCUGAACAAAGGCUUAAGGGGGUGUUAGAUAAAGUUGUUAGGGAUACUUUGUAGGAAGGGAGUUUUGUUGAAGUUGCAAUUUGAUAAAUUUGUAUUUGUUGAUUUGGAAAGUAAAUUCUCUUGUUAUUCCACGUCGUUAAGAAAAAUAAAUACUUACCAUUUACAUGACAAUAUCUUAUACCUAUUGAGCUUAUUACUGGUAAAUUUUAAGCGAAACUUUCAUAUAGAAAAAUAGUUGAAUGAAUAUUAACACCCACCUCUUAGUCCUACAACCACCGCCACGAUUGUUCACUUUUCAUAGACAAUUCUAUCUUGUCAAUCACUUUUACUUGAUGUCUAAAUCUACUUACAUAAUUUUUUGAGUAUUAUUCGCAGUGUUUCACUAUAAUCACUUACAGUAUUUGAUGUUUUGGUACAUUUUUAUAAAAGUCAAAUAUGUCGAUAAUGUCAUUUGCAUCUCAUAAUACUAAAUUCUCUCAAAAACAUUACUUUAUGUAAUAUGUGUUAUGUUGUUAAUUCUUCAAUAUUAAACAGUUUUGUUAUGUUGUAUGGAACAAUUACAGAUUUACACUGAUCCUUCAAGUCCUUCAUAUCCGGCUCCAAGGACCAGACAGUAUAAUAAUAAUGAGGGUUGGUGUAGUGGAGUAGUAAAACAAUGUUUUCAGUAUACCAACAGUACUAGCAGUAGCUCAACUUUAUUGCAGAUUAUUGAUUAUUUAUUAUGAAUGUUAUUUUAUUUGAUUUCUGAAAUAGGAAACUUUUCAUAACAUUUCUUAGCAAUUGUAAAUUUUUCAAUUUUAAAUAAUUUUCAUAUGCUCUAUAAUACAUUCAUAUAUUUACUUUGAACACACUUUUUACACCAGUCCACUUAACACUUACAAUAACACUGUUUGGUCUUUCGAGUCCUUCAUAUCCGGCUCGAAGGACCAAGCAGUGUAAUUGUGAGUGCUGGUUUAGUGGGAUAGUAAAACAGUGUAUUCAGUUUACCAAUGGUAGUAACAGGUAUUUCACUUCCAUUACGGAUUUUAUUUGACUUUUAAACAUAGGAAAUUUUUCGUAACAACAUCUACUAGCAGAUUUCUAUUUUGUUAUAAUUACUAAUUAAGAAAAAUUGCAUAAAUUUCUAAUUCUGCCUCCAUAAUUUUCAGUAUUCCAUUGAAAAUAAAUGCACAAUAUUGUAAUACUAAAAUUUUUUAAAAUUAUGCAUUUCAUCUAUUAUUAGUGCAGUCGUUGUAUAUGUCAUCAUCCUCAUCUGAUGACACCUGCACGUCCUUCCAUGAUAUGUCGUCCUUACUGCCGUCCAAAUUAUUAAAUGUAAUUCAUUUGAGGUAUAAUAAUAGAUGGCUUUAAUUCGUUGCACAUCGAAAAUUCCUUUUUCAAGUAUAACUUUUACUUAUCCGUGGUAACUGAACUUUCAUGCAACUUUUACAUAGGUUUGGUUUAAUCGGCCGACGACGCCCGACCAUACUUCGGUCGAUGACGGAUUUGGUGUACGCGUACUGUAAUGGAUAAGUAAAAAAUAUUGUUAAAACAUUCUAUCCACAAUAUCUAUAAAGAAAGUAAUAAUGACAAACGUUGUAUUACGAAAAACUGCCUGAUUACCAAAACUCUUGAUAAUAUUACAAUCUUUUAAUAAAAAUAGUUGAAAACGUUCCAAUUUUAGAGCACAAACUUGAAAACUUUCCAUAGUUGAAGAUGUUUCUUGUUCACUUGGAUUUAGUAACUAGAAAAAAAUUUUAAAAGUUUCAAAUUUUUAAUUAGAAUUUUCCUCGGUAAGUUUUCGAAUUUUCAUGAUUCUUUUAGUUUAAUAACAAUUAUUAUAGAAAUAAUGUUUUUCAUGAUGGAGUAAAAAGUUAUGCCAUGUCCUCUUGGGAUCCAUUGUAUAUAUGUAUAUCUAGAUUGAACUAUAUUCUAUUAUUAAGAUAAUAUUUUUUCUUGCAAUGUAUUUUUUUAGAUGUGU